UGACAUUCACUGUGCUUGACGUGCGGUCGGUUUUCCACUACAAAAAUAUUAAGGAAUUUAUUAACUGUCGGCUUCGUUUUGUAUGAUUGAUGAAAUGAUCGAUUUGAGUUUUUGUAUCUACGAGCCGUAUCUGUGCAAUGCGUAUAUCUAUAUGUAGCUAGAUACUGAUAUAGUGGCAUAUCGUGUGGAAACGAGCAUAUGUUAACUGAAAUUCAGAGUUCACUUGACAAUUGUGCUGUAUAACAGAGCAUUUAGUGCUUAAGAUACAUUCGUAUCUAUAAAAAGAAACUCGUGUCUUGAAUAGCAAUACAAAUCUGCAAGUAAGGCUUAACAUACCGCGCUCAGUGUAAGUGCAAGUGUCGCUUGAAUCGUAAAACAAAUAAGAAGAGAAAAAAACCAAACUAAUUGUGAGAGAUAAAACUGUGAUAAGCAAACGAACAAGGGGGAACGCGAAGAACUGCAAUUAAAAGCGGAGAUAAUAUACAAUAUUAAUAAAAGUAAAAUCCGCAGCAAAUUAAAAAGCAAGCGUCACCAAGUGCAGCAUCAACAGGAACGGCAACAGCAGCAACAGUUUUCAGAAUCCACAGCAGCACUAAAAGUAAUUAGCGACAGCAAUAACAAGCCAGAGAAAUAGAAAGAGAAAGAGACACUGAGAGUGAGAAAAAAAACGAGCGUAAUAGUAUUAAUAAUAAUAGGGGAAGUAAAACAAAUGAUGUUGCAAUCAUUGAAAUUGCCCACGGAUAAACUAAGUGACAUUCCUGAAACAACAACAACAACAACAGCAACAGAGGAAUUUAACUUAGCAGGAACAGCAACACUUAUAGAUACAACAUCCACAAUAAUAACAACAGCAACAACAACAAUGCUAACGACAUCACCUGUUGCCCAUGUUGCUAAUGGUAUGGCCAAUGGCAGCAGCAGUCUCUAUAACGGCAACAGCAGCAACACUAGCAAUUUAAGUAAUAAUAACAAUAACAACUUGCAACAGCAACAACCAGGAAAGUAUUUAGAAAAUCUAACGCCUUCAACGGGCGCCAUUGCAACGACAACAACUUUUACAGGUGCUGCUAAAAGUUUUCAUCCGUAUCUGCGGCCCAGCAGCAACAUUUCUGCCAUGGCAGCUGCAGCAACACCCGUCGCAGCAACAGCAAUGUCCAAAACUGCUGGCGGCGUCGGCGUCGGCGUUGGCGUUGACGUUGCCGUCGGCGUCGGCGUCGGCAUGUCGACAACAUUGUUUGAAACACUUUUGCAAAACCAAAUAAAUUCCAAUGCAACUACAGCUGCCUCUGUUGUGCCUGUUGUUGUCGCUAUGCCAACAACAACAGCAACAACAGCAGUUGAAUCAACAGCAACACCAACAACCACACCAAAUGCAGCUGCAGCAACAGCGGCAGCACCAGCAGCGACUGCAGCAGAUGCAACCACAGCAUCUGCGACGACGUCGACGCUGUUAAAUUCCAGCAUUAAUUCCAGAACUUCAUUAGCCGACCAAAAUGUUGCCGUCGCCCCAAAUUGCGAUUCAAGUGCUGGUUGCGAACAGAUUGAGGCCAUCAAAUGUGAAACAGAGUCGGCAAAUGCCAUGGAUACAUCCGAGACAGAAUCGACCAAGGAUCAACCCGAUGCGGACAAUAUUAAAAUGUUUGUAGGACAAGUACCCAAGACUUGGGAUGAGGCAAAGUUACGACGGCUGUUCGAACAGUUUGGACGUGUUCAUACAUUGAAUGUGCUGCGCGAUAAGGUCACAUCAAUUAGCCGAGGGUGCUGUUUUGUCACCUACUAUACGCGCAAGGCGGCUCUGCGGGCCCAGGAUGCGCUGCACAACAUUAAAACCCUGGAUGGGAUGCAUCAUCCCAUUCAAAUGAAGCCUGCAGAUAGUGAGAACAGAAAUGAGCGAAAACUUUUCGUUGGAAUGUUAAAUAAAAAAUACACGGAAGCCGAUGUGAGGCAGCUUUUCACGGGCCACGGCACCAUCGAGGAGUGCACCGUGCUGAGGGAUCAGGUUGGCCAAAGCAAGGGCUGUGCCUUCGUAACAUUCGCAACCAAACAGAAUGCCAUUGGAGCGAUCAAGGCCCUACACCAGAGUCAAACGAUGGAGGGUUGUUCGGCCCCGUUGGUCGUUAAAUUUGCAGACACACAAAAGGAGAAGGAUCAAAAGAAGAUGCAGCAAUUGCAUGCCAUAUGUGGCAUUAAUGCACUUACACAGACGCCCAGUGGCGCUGCAGCUGCCGCUGCCACGCCCACAGCCAAUACGGCAACGGCAUUAAUUGCCACGGCGCCAACAGCAACACGACAGAAUCCCUCAAUGGCCGCUGCCUUGGCCGGAGUGCCGCCAGUGCAGAGCGGAGGAGGAGGAGCACAGACUGCCACACUGGUGACAGUUCCAACGUCGGCGGCAUUGGGUGCAACAUUGGCGCCAACACUUCUCGGCAGCAAUCCGCAUCAUCCACAGACACCGGGGGCAGCUGCCGCAGCUGCAGCAGCGGCGUAUCUCAGUGCGGAUCCGACGGGCGGAUUGGGUCCAACGUCGGCGGCACAUUUACAGCUCUAUCAGCAUAUGCAGGCCUAUGGACUGCAUCCGGCUCACUAUCUGCAAGGACUAAAUUUCCACCCACCGGAUAACAGUGCCCACCACAGCCAACACGGCCCAUCAUCCGGCGCUGCCGGCAACACAGCAGCAGCAUCUUUAUCGGCUGCCAGCGCUGCAGCAGCAGCAGCAGCAGCCGCUGUCGCCGGGACAGCACCACCACCAUCUAUCCCACUUGGCGUCGCCCCAUCAUCCGCAACCACAUCCGUCUACAGCGGCGGCCUCACUGCCACCGGGCAUGCUCCUGGCACUGGACUGCUCGCCAGUGCACCCAUGUCUAUGCAGAAUCUGGUAACACUGCUAAGCAAUUCACAGCACAGCAGCAGCCUAAGUCACAGCCAACGUCAGCACCACCAACAGCACCACAACAGCAGCAACAGCAGCAACAUCCACAGCAACAUCAACAACAUCAAUAGUAUCAACAACAACAAUGCCAACGCCAACGCAAACGCCAACAACAACAGCCAACAACGUCAGCUCACAGCUCACAACUAUGCCACAAAUGCUGGACAGCUCGUCACGCAUGCGCAUCAUUCGUUGAAUUUGGCUCAGCUCAUGGGCGUGGCACCGCCACCGCCUCCAGCAGCCAGUCAACAGCUCACGUUGAGCGCUCUUUGGCCCGCUAGUGCCGCAGAUCCGUAUGGAACCACCGCUCUGAGUGGAUUGACCAAUGGAGCCACAGCAGCAGCAGCCGCUUACGGAGCCGCUCAACCGUUAAAUGCCACCGCGUUGCAAGCAGCCGCCGCAGGCGUGGCAGGUAAACAAAUUGAGGGCCCCGAUGGCAGCAAUCUGUUUAUCUAUCAUCUACCUCAGGAAUUCAUUGACACCGAUCUCGCAUCGACAUUUUUGCCCUUCGGCAAUGUGUUAUCGGCCAAGGUGUUUAUCGAUAAACAGACCAAUCUAUCGAAAUGCUUUGGCUUCGUCUCCUAUGAUAAUCCGCAUUCAGCGAAUGCCGCCAUUCAGGCGAUGCAUGGAUUUCAGAUAGGCACAAAGCGCUUGAAGGUGCAAUUGAAACGUUCCAAGGAUGCGGCCAAGCCGUACUAAAGCAUGGCAAAAACGGGAGACACACACAAUCAGACAGAUAGAAAUAGUUAAUAGAUAAACAUUGUGCCUUUUAAGCAAAAACUUUGAAACCAAAGGACCAAUUACAAAAUGUAACUAAUGUUAAGCACACACCAAAUUAGCAAAAGACGAGGGCGUAAUGGGUUGUUCUAAUCGUGCACAAAAUGCAACAACAACAACAAAAAUAAUACAAAAAAAUCCAACCAAAGAAGUAGCUUAAAAGUUGCAUCCUUGUUGUAAUCACUUUUGCUGAACAAUUUCUAGUGCAUAAUUUUCAUUUAUUCAAGUGGUCGGCAAACAAAAUUAAAUAAAUUAUAUUAAAAAAUUUUAAAAAGUAGAAAUGUUUAAACUGAAACUGCGUUGUGGCGCCAAAGUAUUUUCAAAGCCAAAUAGUUAAGCAAACACAAAAAAUAAAUGGAAUGAGAAAUCAAAAAA